UUGAAGUUUGAACUAUUAUUACAGGAGCCGGCAAUCAAAAAUGAUGCAGUUACUGUUUAAGGCAGAACACUCGAGGCAUUGACAUUGUUUUUUCAUGCACUGGUCAAUUUUUUGAUUUUGGUCUGCUUUGCUCUUUAACUCUAAUGGAAAGAAAACUUCCAAAAAUACACAUUUAGAUGGUAUUUGUUCUACUGUACCCUUUCUGUACCUGUAGGUAGAUUUCUCCUAAAUUCACCAAACAAGCUCAUCUGCAUAAUUAAACAUAACAUUUUCAGGAGAAAAUACUGUCUUGAUGUAGCUCAAUAACCGGGGAAGUUCCUUGUUGACCCUAUUCACCUGCAGUGCCAAUUGGUGAAUGUAUGCCAAUUAUCGCAUUUGAAUUAGUUGAAGCCUAGGUGGCAUUGCACGUCUGCCGCCUUGGGGACAAACUGCAGGAUUAACCGUUUGUUUUCAUUAGAGAUGUUGUUCUACAACCUUUUUUCAGUCCUCUCCUCCAGUGAUUUUUUUUAUUUGACUACUUGAGAGGACAGUGGGGUCUUCCCCCAGUGUUGAUCAGUGCUUCAGGUUUAACUGGUUAUGUCAGUCAAGUCCAGGGUGAGCCUUUACAGCCUUGUGCUACAUGCCAAGCAGGUUGUGAUUAAGAGAUAAGUAUCGAGCAGCUGCUUGUGUUGAAACUUGAUCCACGUCCUCAUUUGGGUCCGGGCUACUUCCUGGUGGAGUUCAUGGACCCAGGUUGCUGAUAGAGAGGCAGGCUUAUUCUAACGAUUCCCACGCGGGCUCCAGAGGAGGGCUCCCGCCCACUCCGAUCCUAACCCCUCCCCGCCGGUCCUUCCCGGUAGAGUGGACCACACACACCCACAAGUGCGCUUCUGGAUAUCCACAGUUUUUGUUUUGUCCCCCGUCGUUCACUUUCUUCUUGUUCUUGACGCGACGUCUUUCUCCCUGGGUCCGCCUCGCCAACACAACCGGAUUAGGCGCUGUGGCCACUGAUGGAUCUGUUUAAUGAGUGGAAAACCAGGAAUUGAGAGAGGGGGGGGGAGUUGAGCCGACGACGCACCGAAAAAGACGCUCGAGGACAAACAUGACGGUGACUCCGGGGCUCCUCGCCGCUUUAACGCUCAGCGCCAUGUUGACGGUUUCCCGCUGCGAUGCAGAGAACCAGCUUCCUCCUCCAACAAACCUGUCACUCAAGUGGCUCGAUGAGUUUGCUGUGAACAUGUCCUGGUCCUGGGAAAAGCCUGAGUCACUGCCAGACCAGUGUAAGAUCACAUACGUGCUCGUUCUGGUGCAGGAGCAGCGACUUCCAGAAAAAAAAGAGCAGGUGAAGCUCCUGACUUGGAGAAACCACAUCGAGAAUUGUGUCACAGAGAACAUGGAUUCUGAUCAUUGCACGUACACUGUUCAUGCCAUCUGUGAACCAUCCUACGCUGGUUGGAGUCCGAGCACUUUUGUGACUGAAACCGCUAAAAGAAAAGAGCCACGAGCUGAAUUGGUGAGGGAUUUCCAAUGUCUCAUUACACAAGAUGCACUGAACUGUUCAUGGAUCCCGGUGAAUCCGUCUCUGAACCUGACGAUAUCCUAUAGGGCUUGUCUCUCAACUCACAACAACGGCAGUUUGAAAGCAUGUGUUCAACCUUACAGCACUGGAACAAGGAACGGUUGUUACGUGAAAGACGCUGACAUUUACAUCUGCAUUUACAUUGAGUCCAAAAUUGGAUGGAGCUUCAUCAAACCUGGAUUCGCAAUACCUUCACCAGACUUGAGGAUCAGAGAAGACAACAAGCACCUCAAGUUAACAUGGUCACCUCCAAAGUUUGGAGAAAAAUGUAUUUGGAUAUACGAAUUGUGCCACACACAAUGCAGUGAGCCCAGAAAAUGCCGGAACUUCACCUACACGCACUCGAACCAGAAUGAGACGCCCUCGAACCAGAAUGAGAUGCCCUACAACCGUCACUGCCGUUACGAGUUCCGGUCCAGAUGGAUUACCAGCAAAUAUUGCACAGGAGUAGUCGGCUUUUGGAGUGAAAUUGUACCUUAUGGUACGGACAACCCUCCCGACAGGACGCUGACCUACGCGGCCAUCAUUAUCCCCACCAUUUUGUUCGUCUGCAUCAUUCUGUCCUGCUACUGCUUCAGGAAGCACAGCGACAUUAUUUGCCCCAACACACCAGAUCCCUCGGCAAUAUUCAAAGAAAUGGUGAUGAGCGGAAACAAAGAACAUAAGACCGAAAAUCUGUACACGCCCAUGCCAGAGGCCGUUGAGUCCUGCAAAGUCACCCUCAUAAACCAAAGUGGCGCGCCGCAGGAAAACUCCUGACAUGAACCAACCCCCCCACCCCCCGUGACCCCGUCAUUCCUUGGGUGCUGAGCUGCCGGCGGAGAGCUUGAAUACACUGCACGCCCACCUGCACCUGCGACCUGCACUCAUUGGACGAUAGUUACUGUCAGUCACACUGUGUCCAUGCCCCAAUGCUUACUGUGCUGGAUCGUCUACUUGACUCUAAGUGGGACAAUAAUUUACAAAACGAACAUUGUGCUGCAUUGAAGAAGACUUGUAAUUAUUGAUUGAGACCUACAAGACUUGGAAUCAUUUUCACCCAGACCUCUAUGGGAACUGAAGUCUUUUUGCAACCAGAACAGUGGAGUCGCCCCUUUGUUGGUCAUUGCAGAGAGGUGUUUGGAUUGGGGUAAAUUCAUCACUGACGUGUGUAGUGGUUUAACACCAGACUUGAAAGCUUUUUUUUUUUAUUUUUUUACUGACCUCUGAUUGAAGCGUCGAGUCUGUAACUGUUGUACGUUUGACAAAUGAGCUCUGCUGUACCUGUUCUGUACUGACCUGAGCACAGUUCUGUACCACUCUGACCCGCUAGAGGGCGGCAAAUACAAGGAUCUCAGCUGCUAUUAAGGGAGUCAUAGUACGGGGUGGUGUUGAAGACGACUCAAUCCUUGGAGGGUUAUUUUUGUAUGUUUAAGGGCAUUAAGCCUUUUCACUGAUAGAGCAGAGUGUGGGCAUGGAAGCGAGAGAGAGCGUGGGAAACACAUGUCAGACUGAACACCCGCAACUCAAGCCUCCUCGUUCGUCAAAAGACCAAUAAGCUAUGGACACCCGAGGAACGCAAUGAGAGAGCUUGUCAAACCGGUUGAGGGCAGAGGAGGAAGACGAGGAUUCGUUUGGGCCCAUUCAACUGGGCCAGUGGGAGCUACUGUACAUUAACUGGGCACUUUCCUACCAGUAAGAGGAGCUGCUGUAUCCCUGGGUACCCGCUGUUCGGGUUGCCUGCCACCACGGCAGCUCGACAACAGGCAGCAAGCAAUAUCCUCAGAGCAAUGGACUGUGAUGUAAACGCAACCUAGUGAGGGAGUGAUGUCUCGUUAUGUCUCAGCAUGAAUACAAACACUGUUUUACACGGAACUGAUCAGGCCAGUGCCCUUGUGCUUGUGCUGAAAUUCUUAAGAGCCGACUCUUUCUUAAUGUGAAACGUAAUAGGUGUGGCUACAGGGGAGAUGUGAACAGAUCUAAUUUCUUACUAACUUGUCAGUUAGGAAACAGACGUACCUGCGUGAACAUUGCCUGCAGACGCUGAAGUUUCCACAUGACUUGCACGUUUGGGGACGAUAAUAACAACUUUCUUACAUAAGUCGAUGUGAUUUGUCGUUUCAAAAUAUAACUAGUGGUGUUACGGGUCGUUUUUCAACCUUUUGUACACAACUUUCAACAUUGUUUUGGGGGCAAGAGGAUUGUGAGUGAAUUCAACUUGAUUACAACUUGCCUGUCAGUUCUGAUGAUGUUGUGUAAUUAUUCGGUCUGCUAUACACACCCAAAGUGCCACACCACCAUUAGCUUCCUUUUAUGAAUACCUUGCUAACACGUAUACAUUACAUGUGAUAUUCACAUCAUAUUGUAUACUAUUGUGAAACCAUACUUAUAUACAUAGAUAUAUACCUUUAAUAUUCAUAUUGUGAAUGGGCUUAAUUUGUAUAGUCUUGAUGACCACUCAACGCACUAUACAAUAUAGCUUUGUCCUUGAAACACACAUCCAUGUGUGCAGCAGUUUGUUUAACACACAUCACCCACACACUGCCAGCACAGACACAGCACCCAGGGAUCCAACCAGUGACCUUCUCGUUACGGGGUGACCCACUGUACCUCCUGAGCCGCAGCUGCCCACAUAAAAUGUUUACUGUAUACUAUACCUGCUCAUAUAUUUAUAUUGGUGUAUAGGACUAUAUGUGUGUGUGUGUGCAUGUUUCCAGCAUUAACACUGACCUUGUCAGGACCUGUAGACCUCAUGACGGCCAAAGCCUGGUCCAACUGAGGCAAGGCGUCAUUUCUGACCUCCUGGUUACAGAUAAUGGUCAAAUGUGAAUUGUGGGUAGGUCAGGGCUAGGCGUGAAUUGGUCAUGAUUACGGUUACAGAGAGAAUAUUUCGAUAAAGCUCUCCACAAUGAAUGAAAGUCAAUACAAAGUCCUCAUAAGGACAGCUGCGCAAACUUAUUCCCAUUUUAAUGUGUGUGUUAGUCCGCAUUAUUACCACCUAAUAAAAAACCACAAGGUCUGAGGAGCAACAUAUAGUGUCACACAAUCGGUAUUCAGAUGCAUCCACAAUAUAACACAGAAAGCUUCCUUUUAAAAAGAGGAAAUGUCGGCAUGUUGACACACAAGUGUAUUACUGGAUAUUGCCACAUAUUGUAUUUGUGCACGUAGUCAUUCUAGCUCUGCCUUAUCUGAUAUAAAUACAUCAAAAUAAAUCAUUAUAAAGAGAAAUACAGAAGAGUGUAAUUUAAUCACUCAACCUCUGUAAGUAUAAUACAUGUGUUCUAAAUAGGCCGUACUAUACUUACAAAUGUAAUAAAAUCUAAUAUGCUUUACUUUCUGUACAGGGUGUCACUUGCUCUAUUGUUAUUAUUUUAUCAUGUUUUUAUUUUUUUAUUAUUAUCAUUAAAGCCUUCACAGCUGUGCAUUAUCUUAAUCUUCUUAA